AUGUACUUCUCUGACUUCAUAUUUCAUCAUUCAAAUCGGCAGACUCGAUGUGCUGAAAGUGACACUACAGUUAAAAAUUCGUCACUUUUCAACGUUUCCGAGCCGGAACAGUUUAAAAAAGUGCCCGCGUACAAAUACAUUAAUAACUCGCUGACCAAAGACCUCUACGAUGCUGGCUUCGACAUCGCUAACCCUGGCCUUUGUCCGGAAUCAGGAGCUUCCCUCAAACUGUUGAUUAUCGUUGAAACCGCUAGGUAUCGCUCUGAUAGACGCGAGGACAUUCGCCGGACUUACGGACACUCAUUCGCCUUGAGGAAGGACGUGGCCAAAAUGUUCUUAUUAGGUCGCCCUGAAAAACCUGGUGAAAAUCCAGACAUCCCAUCCGAGUCUGAUCGUUACGGAGACAUUGUAGUUGGUCGAUUCGUCGAUACUUUUUACAACCUAACCCUGAAAACUACGGCAGCUCUUGAGUGGGUAUCGACUUAUUGUAGCAAAGUGAAAUUUAUUUUCAAAGCGGACGAUGAUGCAUUUCUCAAUGUUCCAAGGAUACUUGAUCUUAUCGAAUCGUGGGGUGACAAAAAAAGAGCAAUCAUCGGAGACUUUAGCAAAUAUGGUGUAACGAGGAAUAAGAAAGACAGGCAUUACGUUUCACCUGAAGUGUAUAAUCUUUCAUAUUUUCCUGCGUAUGCGUUUGGAGAAUCUGGUUAUUUGGUGACCGUAGAUAUCGUGAAAGAAUUGCUUGAAAGAGGCCUUAGAACCGCGUAUCUGAAUAUGGAAGAUACCUUUUACGCCGGAUUCAUUGCCUCUGCUAUUGGCGCCACGAAAGCAUUUCACAAGAGUAGUUUUAAGUGGCACAAUCGCUCUUACUGGGCCGGGUCUGAAGACAAAAACAAGUGUGGUAUUCAGGACAAUGUUUGUGUUUGGGCACCCGAAAGAAAGCGAAAGAUUUUCUUGUUUAAUAUGACUCAAACAGACCGACAAGCAUGCACUGGAGGCUAG